ACCAGUAGUUCAAAAUGGCAUGGCAAACCCUAAAUUUGUUGCUUGAUGUGAAAGUCAAGUGUUCGAGUUAUGCUUAAAUUGACGAGUAUUUGAUUUUUAAGCACUUCGCAAGACUACUUCCUAUAUUGGGGAUUCAGAGUCCUACACCAACUAGUAUUCCUAGUUAAACCCUAUAUCUAUCUUCUAAUUUUGAGUUUGACUGCAUUCUUUCUAUUAUAAAUAUAUACCACCCCGGCCACUCUCUUCACUCUUAACUACACCUUCUUACCCUAAAUUCCAAAUAUGAAGAUCAUCUUGAAGAGAAAGAGAAUCUUGGCGACUGAACCUGGAGAACAUCAACAAAAUAACAAGGCUUAUGACAACAGCGGAGCAACAUGGUGGAGACGAGAAUUACUGGGAGAAGGAGGCUAUGGCUCCGUUUACUUGGCCAUAUCCAAGAAACCCAAAUCAAGAAAUCAAAUGCGUCCUGUAACUAUGGCCGUCAAAUCUGCCGUGAUGUCCAAGUCAAGUUCACUGCUCAAAGAAAAGCAGAUUUUCGACCAUCUUGACGGCUCGUCUCCUUAUGUCCUUCAAUGCUACGGUGAAGAAACUACUUCCAACAGCAAAGGUGAAACUUUUCACAAUCUUUUAUUAGAGUACGCCUCUGGUGGAACACUCUCUAGUCAUAUAGAGCGAUCGUAUUCGUAUGGCGGUGGAUUGCCUGAAUCGGAUGUUAAAAGAUUUACAAAGUGCAUUCUUGAAGGUAUUUAUGACAUUCACAGGCAUGGUUAUGUGCAUUGCGAUUUAAAACCUGAGAAUGUGCUUCUUGUCUCUACUGAUGAGAGUGGUGUGUUUGUGCCCAAGAUUGCAGAUUUCGGGUUGGCCAAGAAAGUGGGGGAUCCUGAUUUCAUGGGCGGGACUUUAAUGUAUAUGGCUCCUGAGACGGCCACUGAUGAUAUUCAAGACUGUGGGUGUGAUAUUUGGGCUCUGGGAUGCAUUGUUUAUGAGAUGCUGACAGGGUCUCCUCUUUGGUACGGUUAUGAUUCGACGACUAAUGAACUCAUGACAUCGAUUGCGGAUAAUUACGAACUUCCUGAAAUGCCGUGUGACAUAUCGAGAGACGCGAGAGCCUUCUUGGGAAGAUGUUUGGCGAAGAAUAAAAGGUUUAGGUGGAGUGCUGAGAUGCUACUGAAUCAUUCUUUCAUGACAGGAUUCAGUGAGAUACAAGGCAGUGAAAAUUUGGACUAUGGUUUCUCUUCCAUACGGCAAUGUGUUGUUGGUACUACAGCAACUUACGUUCAGCAAGGGCCUGCAGCUCAUAUCUGUUAGACAAAGAACAGAUUAUUUAGUUUUGAGAAAGUUGAUGUAAAUUCAAAUUAGUUAUCUUGUAAUUUG